AUGAGCAAAUCCACCACAACUUCCCUGCACAUCUGCGGCUCCACGUCUCUAUUAUCGCUCCGACUAUCUCGCGCCGCGGGCCUGCUGGUGGGAUUCCACGCCGGAUUGCGCCAGAAUCAGAACGUCUGGCGGUGGGUUCUGCAGCAAGCCCCGUGCAGAAUAGCGAGAGGGCGCUUUUUCGUGGAUGAUGUGAUUUUGGACAGUCUGGGCUGUUCGAGGGUGGUUGGUGAGGGUUUUCGUGGGUUGUUGUGUGUGUGGUCUCUGGCAAUCCUCGCUUUUCCCUAUCAGGAGAAGAGGGAUUGA